AUGGCGUGUGGCAGUGGGAAGGUCACCAUCCAGCUGGUGGAUGAGGAGGCAGGACCUGGAGCCCAGGACCCGAAGCUUUUUAGAGGCCAGAGCUAUGAGGCAAUCCAAGCAGCCUGCCUGGAUGAGGGGAUCCUGUUCCGUGAUCCCUACUUCCCUGCUGGCCCUGAUGCCCUUGGAUAUGACCAGCUGGGGCCAGACUCAGAGAAGGCCAAAGGAGUGAAAUGGAUGAGGCCCCAUGAGUUUUGUGCUGAGCCCCAGUUCAUCUGUGAGGACAUGAGCCGGACAGACGUGUGUCAGGGGAGACUGGGUAACUGUUGGUUUCUCGCGGCCGCCGCCUCCCUCACGCUGCACCCCCGACUCUUGCACCGAGUGGUGCCCCCUGAACAGGGUUUCCGAGAAAACUAUGCCGGCGUCUUCCACUUCCAGCUCUGGCAGUUCGGCUGCUGGGUGGACGUCGUGGUGGAUGACAGGCUGCCGGUGCGUGAGGGGAAGCUGAUGUUUGUGCGCUCAGAACAGCGGAAUGAGUUCUGGGCCCCCCUUCUGGAAAAGGCCUAUGCUAAGCUCCACGGCUCCUAUGAGGUGAUGCGAGGCGGCCACAUGAAUGAGGCUUUCGUGGACUUCACAGGUGGCGUGGGCGAGGUGAUCUACCUGAGACAAGACACCCCAGGCCUCUUCUCGGCCCUGCGCCACGCCCUGGCCAAGGAGUCCCUCGUGGGUGCCACUGCCCUGAGUAAUCAGGGCGAGUACCGCACAGAAGAUGGGCUGGUGAAGGGACACGCAUAUUCAGUCACGGGCACGCACAAGAUGUCACUGGGCUUCACCAAGGUGCGGCUGCUGCGGCUACGGAACCCAUGGGGCCGUGUGGAGUGGACCGGGCCCUGGAGCGACAGCUGCCCACGCUGGGACGUGCUGCCCCCGGAGUGGCGAGAUGCCCUGCUGGUGAGGAAGGAGGACGGUGAGUUUUGGAUGGAGCUGCAGGACUUCCUCCGCCACUUCAACACCGUCCAGAUCUGCUCGCUGAGCCCGGAGGUGCUGGGCCCGCGCCCGGCGGGAGGCGGCUGGGCGCUGCUGGAGCCUGAUGAGGAGGACGAGGAGGACGAGGAUGGGCCCUGGGGUUGCUGGGCGGCCGCAGGGGCUCGGGGCCCUGCUCGCGGGGGCCGCGUCCCCAAGUGCACUGUCCUCCUGUCACUCAUCCAGCGCAACCGGCGGUGCCUGAGGGCCCAGGGCCUCACUUACCUCACCGUGGGCUUCCACGUGUUCCAGGUGGGAGCUCUGGGCCGAAGAGAGGCAGGGCUGAGGGGGUGUCCGAGAAGCCAAGCCGGGCUGGGAGGCUGGGGAUCCCGGAGGAGUGUAAUCCGCAGGGAGAUAGACGACGUGAUCAGCGCUGACCUGCACGCUCUCAGGGCCCCCAACAUUCCCCUGGACCUGGGGUUGAAGCUGCUGUUUCAGGAGCUGGCAGGAGAGGAGGAAGAACUCAGUGCCCCUCAGCUCCAGACCUUAUUAAGCAUUGCCCUGGAGCCUGCCAGGGCCCACAGCUGGACCACCGGAGAGAUCGGGCUCAGGACCUGUGAGCAGCUGCUGCAGUGCUUCGGGCAUGGCAGAAGCCUGGCCCUGCACGACUUCCAGCAGGUCUGGGGCCACCUCCGGGAGUGGCAGGCCAUAUUCGACAAGUUCGACCAGGACACCUCUGGUACCAUGAACUCCCAUGAGCUGAGGCUGGCGCUGAAUGCUGCAGGCUUCCACCUCAACAACCAGCUGACCCAGGCCCUUACUAGCCGCUACCGGGACAGCCGUCUGCGUGUGGACUUGGAGCGCUUUGUGUCCUGUGUGGCCCAGCUUACCUGCAUCUUCUGCCGCUGUAGCCAGCACUUGGAUGGGGGCGAGGGAGUCAUCUGCCUGACCCGCCAACAGUGGACGGAGAUGGCCCACUUCUCCUAGGAUCUUGGCAGGGGAGCGCCUGCGGCUGGAGGCAGGAGAGCUGCAGGAGCCCUGCCUUUCCCGGUCAGCCUGGACCAGGGUUUAUUCCACAGCAAGGGGGUCCUGAGCCAGACCAGCCCCCAGCCCCUCCACCUCCCUGCCUGGCAUGGGGCUGAUGCCCUGACAUCAGGCAGUGCUUCUGAGCAUGGCCUUGGGAGCGGGUCUGCCACACGCUCACCACCGGGUGACGCUGGGCAGGUCACUGCCCUCCUGUGCUCUGCUCUCCUCACCUGUGAACGGGGUGAUGACGCGCCUUCUUGGGCCGGUACACGAGCUUAGUCGAUUGUGCGCUGAGCAUAGUGCCUGGCCCUGACUGGGUCCCCAAUAGCGUUAUUUUACACUCACGGAAACAGGGAUUGUGGCACCCCAGGCCCUGCCGCACUCUGCGGGGAGGUGCUGUAUCACUGCCCUGCUAAAAAUUAGAGAACAGAGACUGGAGAAAAA